GAUGUUAUCAUCAGUUUACCAACUGAUAUAACGGCAUUCGCAGACAAAAUAAUUUGGGCUAAUAUGAACGCAACUUUGAGCGAAAAGGAGCAUUCGAGAAUGUAUGAAAUUAGUAAUUCUUAUGCAAAAUUUGUUGACGCAUCUCAAUUUUGGACCGGCAAUGCUAUGAUUGUGGUUACAA